AUGUUACUGCCCCGGACUUUCUGGCUCCAAAGACGGUUCGUUCAAACACGGGUAGGGUACGACGGCAGCGCCAUGUCGAAGCUGAACAUCGACAACUUGAAGAAGGGCAUUGUCCAGAUUCUGGACGGAAGCAAAGAAAAGCAAAGAAAGUUCCUGGAGACUGUGGAGCUCCAGAUUGGCUUGAAGGACUAUGAUACCCAGCGUGACAAGCGCUUCGCAGGCACGAUCAAGCUGCCCAACGUGCCGCGGCCGCGCUUGAAGGUCUGCGUGCUGGGAGAUGCUGUGCAUUGUGAACAAGCCCAGAGGGCCAAUGUCCCUUUCAAGAGCGUUGAGGACCUGAAAAAGCUCAACAAGAACAAAAAAAUGGUGAAGAAGCUGGCAGACAGCUUCGACGCCUUCUUGGCUUCUCAGGUGUUGAUCCCACAGAUUCCUCGUUUGUUGGGGCCUGGCUUGAACAAGGCUGGAAAGUUCCCCACCUUGGUCCAACACUCCGACAACUUGGAGACCAAGGUCACUGAAGUCCGAAGUCAGGUGAAGUUCCAGUUGAAGAAGGUCCUGUGCAUGGGCGUGGCCGUUGGCAACGUGGGGAUGACCCCCGAUGAGCUGAGGCAGAAUUGCCUGAUGGCCAUCAACUUCUUGGUGUCGCUCCUCAAGAAGAACUGGAACAACGUGCCGUUCUUCCAAUUCCUGCAGUUCCAACUGCGCCUGGAAGUUGAGACUUGCCUCGACAACGAGGACCUCGAAGUCUCUGAGGGUGGGCUUUGGCAGAGCUUUCGCACCUGGGUUCAACCCAACCUGGGGAAGAAGGAGAAAUGGAUGCCCUUCCACACUGCCGGGAGCCUGGAUGGCACCGAAGGGCACCGAAGGUCCUGGAAGGUCCUGGAAGAAGUUGUUGUCCUUGGAGCCCAUGAGCUGUUCAUUGUGGAGCAGAUCCAUCAUAACAAAGAGCUGCCCUGGGAUGAGAAACGCAGCUGGGCUCACAUGGCGUUCCGCGCGCAUUGCCGAAGCAAUGUCUUCCGGGAAGCGCAGCUGCCUCUCAUGCUGCAGGAGCGUUUCUGGAGGGAUCCACUGGGCCAGUUUGCCGACAACGGCCCUGUCACCCGGUCCAUGCUCCAGUACCGGCGCAAGACGCGUCAGCCGUUGCAGACGUCCGCCUUCCUGGCGAUCCCGGAGCGCUUGUGCCCGGACGACGACGAAAACUUGGCGCGGAACGUGGCCAGGCGGACGCGGACGCUCUUGGAGGUGGCUGAGAAUGUAUGGCCUCUCGUCCACAACGAGAAGCUCACCAGCCUGGAGAAGUUUCAGGAGAUCUCCAAGACGAUCCAAGCUGGUCGACGCUUGGGAGACACCUGGUCCAAGAUGCUGAUGGUGAGCAUUGACAUCGCUUACCCCAAGUUGCAGCUCUUGGAGAGUACCUGCGACGUGGGCGUGGGAGCAUUAAAAGCUCUUCAGCGUUUGUUCAACGAUGGUCAAAAGGAGGAUCCUCGCGACUUGUUGGGCCAUGCCACACGUGCGGCCAACAGCUCAAAAGCGGCAGCAGCGCAGAAUUUCUGGCGCUUGCUGAAGAAGGUUGAAAGCCUUUGUCAGAAACGCUUCGCGCACCUGCCCUUGAUCUUGGAUCAGGUGUGUACCCCAGUGGCGCAACUCAGUGCAGUGACCUUGCAGGUCCAGCUGUGCGAGUGGCGUCAAUUCUUGGAUUUCCUGAGCAAGGCUGGGAACACUCCAGGAGAUGAGAUGCAGGAG